AUGCAGCUCGUCACCAACGCCCUCCUCCUCCUCGCGGCCUCCGUGACGGCUACGGCAUUCACAAACCAGCAUGACCACCAACAGCCUCACCUCUAUCGCCAUCUCGGCCGCGCCAACACCACUAGCGUGAACCCCAACCUCGGCGUAUCUGACCAGGACAAACCAGCCCACGCCGACUACGCAGGUUGCGACAGCGUGAACGCCGUGAAUAAUCCUAGCCCACCCCCACCCCCACCUCCGCACCCGCCGCUAGCGGUAGCCCCUGGGCCCGGGCCCGGGGUGCGCGUGCUGCCGACAGGGACGGGGACGGGCGUGGUGCCGACGGGCGUGGUGCCGACUGGCGGUGUGAAGCCGACUCCGUUUGUGUUUGUCUCGGGUGCGGUGGGGGGGUAUGCGGCGGCUGCGGCGGCUGCGGCUGCUGCUGGGUGUUUGGGGGGUGUUGGGGUUGUUGUUGCGGUUUUGUUGUGAGGGUGUGUGUGUGUGUGUGUGUGUUUCUGGGUUGGGCUUGUUUUGGUACUUUCUUUGUUGUUUGUCGUUGUUUUAAGGUUGUUUUGGUUUUGGUGUGUUGGUCGGGUGUUAUACUGGGGUGAUACCGCGCGUCGAAGUGGAAUUCGGGACUUCUUACUGUGAGCUGAUAAAAAGGGAUACACAUCUCACGCUCGAGGACUAAUUAACCGAUGGAGUCACUUGG